AUGUCCUAUGCCAGCAACACCGACUUGGCGCUCGCCGGCUUCGAAUACGAGAGCAUCCGUCUCCCCAAUCAGAUGCCUCUGUAUCUUCAGGGCGACCUGGGCUACACAUUCCACCCUUACCGUCCUCGUAACACCCUCCCCGCCCGCGCUGACCCUGUCCUUGACAGCCCCUCCAAGGAACACCCUAGAGGCUCUCAGCAACUUGGAUGGUACUCUCCACCUGCCUCCGAGUAUGCUGAGAGCCUCCAUGGUGACUCUGAGGAGGUGGUCUUGUCCGCCGGUUCCACCGCUGAGGACCGCCCCGCUACGCCAGGCGUCGAGGCUAUAGUAGCCGAAAACGCUCAUCUGAGGGCCAUAGUAAUGGCGAUGAGCGAGCGUGUGACUCAGCUCGAGGCCGCUGUCGCGCUCAAGACCCCGCCCCAGCCUCAGCCCAACCGCCCUCCUACCACUCCACACAAGAGGCGCGCAUCGCGUGUCAAUGACCCGGCCUCACCGAAGUAUACCCCGAUGACGCCGCAGUCAAUGGGCCCCAUAGAGGCCAUGUGGAGUCCCGGAGUGACGCAAGAGCAGCGCCUUGCUAUCGCCAGGGGCCAGAUGAGGUCCUCUACUUCGCCGGCUGCUCCCAUGUCAUCUCCGGGCUCCAUCAUGAGCCCCCAAACCUCUACUUCAAGUCCAGCUGCCACCAUCCCCAAGGAUCCUACCCUCAAGCAAAAGCCGGCUACCAAGAAGACGCGUGCUUCUCGCGUGAAGAAGACUUCGGUGCCAAAGAAGGCUCGCGUCUCCAAGGUUCGCCCUGUUAGUGAGCUCGGUCCGCUCAACUUCGCUUCUCUGGGCGCCGAGGAGAAAGCCAGCAUCCUCCAACCUCUUCUUCAGGGCAUCGACCCCUUCACCGGCACUGAGCUCCCCGUAUCCGCUCCUGUCCCAAUGAGCAUGCAGAGCGAGAUCAUGCCUGCUCCAUCGACUGCCAUCUCCACCGCUGGUCACAUGACAGAUGACGAAUUCAACGCCCUGCUCAACUUCACGACUAGCGACGACAUUGCCUACAACCACGGCCAAGUCGACCACUUCAGCAACUUUGAUGCGGCCGCUCGCCAGCGUGAGGCCUUGGAGAAGCACGAGAGACGCGUGACUGAGGGUCGUCAGCGCUAA